CGGCGGUCCGCAAGCGAUGACCUGCAGCACACGAUACGGCAACACCUAAACAAUACGUGCUUUCAUUUGUUGCAACAAGGGUAGCAUGGGCACCGCAUGCUGAACCAAGAUCUCUAUUCUGUGCGGUUAUGCUUAGUCGCUCUUCUGGGACCGCUCUGUCUCAGCCAACGUCGAAGGCGGUAAAUGCGCACUGCCGCGUUCGGUACAGAACACAAGCUCUAGCCGGUAGCUACCAGUUACAUACGGACUAUCACGCCGGCGUGGGUGCAUGAUUUGCCUACUGAUACGCAUCUGAGGUCAUCAUUCAGGUAUUGUCCCAUACAAAGUCCAAGAGUUUGUGACCUGUCAUAUUUAUAAGCUUUCGCACCUCCCUUGCGCCUAAUGCUCUGCACGCCAUGCACCGGAUGCCCGGCAGAGGCACGCAAUCGCAGCAAGCAACCUGCAGAUCAUGCAAUCAGUGUACGCAACGCGCGGCACUUACCCGGUACGGCUGCUGCACAGGAACCGAGGACCGGGAGGAGGGCACCUCGUAACCCGGACUGGCUCCAGCGAUCUGUCUCCAUGUAUGAGGCAUCGCCACGACGUACGCAGCUCGAUCAGAUCCUUGCACAAGGCCUGCUCGUCAUCUGGACAUCGUGGAGGCAGAACGUGGCGGAAAGCAUCCGAUGAAGGGCGCCUUUCGUUGAAGGCGAACCCACAGCGUUCUGUGCGCCUUCGCUACGGCUCGGCAAUGUCGCACACUCAGGCAGAAUGGGUGCCACGUCCGCUGCUGCAGGUAUCGAGGCGACAUCGACUUGGCAUAAUUUGUUCCGGAAGCCCGGUGAAGUUUCCUUCCAUAACGUAGAAUUAGGCACAUCAAACUCUACAAUCUCACGCUGAUCCUAAACCGACGGUAACGCCCGUCACAGUAGUGGAGACAGCUGCAGCGGUGACG